AUGGAUGCAGGAGCAAAUCUAACUUCACGUGCAUUAAAUCGCGAAGGACGACCAUUACGUCGACGUGGCGUUUCAUUUAAUGUUUUGCCAAUGCGAGAAGAACCACCACCAAUAGCUCCAUCUGAAGCACCUAUUCUUCUUGAUUAUUCUUCAAUUCGUGAACGUAAACAACUGAGUUUAAGUGACUUUUUACAUUCAGACAAUCCCAUUACCUUCUUCCUGUUUACAUUUUGGCAUGCGGCCUGUUUUUUUGCUCAACUUUUCAUAUUACCAUUUGUCAUUAUCAAAUAUCUCUAUCUUUUAAUGUUGCGAGUCUACGGUGUGCGACGUCCAACUACAUCAACCACAACCAGUGAUCUUUUCUCAGACUCAUCUUCACCUUCGUCACCAUCACAACAGAGACCCAUCGUUUGGAUGUUAACAUUUAUAGAUUACAUUAUUAUUCAAUUGAGUAGACUACCAGAGACUAUAAAACAUUGUAUUAAUUCAACAUCUGGACACAUUGAUGGAACUGUUUCAAAAUCAUUCAAUCUUUUGGAUGCAUGUGUUAGUCAUCUGAUGACAAGAUCAUAUUCCGUGGUUAAAAGUAAAGUGUUCCCAAAAAGUACGCUUGUGGAAUCGAAAACAAAAAGAUAA